CGCAGUCUAAAAAAUAUCGUUAAGCAUCCCGUUAUCGAUAGCUGCUUUGACAGGUCUCCACAAUCGUAGAGCUGUCAACGUGCCAAAAGUCUCCACCUUCUUUUCGGUGUAAAAAACUAGACUAUCAAGAUGGGUCGUAUGCACGCUCCUGGCAAGGGUAUUUCCCAAUCAGCCCUCCCCUACAGACGCACUGUCCCAUCCUGGCUGAAAUUGAACGCCGAGGAUGUCAAGGACCAGAUCAAGAAGCUGGGCAAGAAGGGUCUGACUCCCUCCAAAAUCGGCAUCAUCCUGCGUGACUCGCACGGAGUUGCCCAGGUGCGUUUCGUCAACGGAAACAAGAUCCUGCGCAUCAUGAAGUCGGUGGGUCUGAAGCCCGACAUUCCCGAGGAUCUGUACCACAUGAUCAAGAAGGCCGUCGCCAUCCGCAAGCACUUGGAGCGCAACCGCAAGGACAAGGACGGCAAGUUCCGUCUGAUUCUGGUUGAGUCCAGGAUCCACCGCCUGGCCCGCUACUACAAGACCAAGAGCGUCCUGCCCCCCAACUGGAAAUACGAGUCGAGCACCGCCUCCGCCUUGGUUGCCUAAGUUCUUGAUUCGCUAGUUGGUAGUUUGUUUUCAAGUCUUGCGGGGUCCUACAUUUCCACCAAUGUACAACCAAUAAACCCAACAAAUAAAACUGGAAAUCGAAACUAUUUUAUAGACUAAACAAA